AUGCCAUCAUCACAUGCCCUCACAUGCCAUCAGCACAUGCCCUCACAUGCCAUCAUCACAUGCCCUCACAUGCCAUUAUCACAUGCCCUCACAUGCCAUCAUCACAUGCCCUCACAUGCCAUCACCACAUGCCCUCACAUGCCAUCAUCACAUGCCAUCAUCACAUGCCCUCACAUGCCAUCACCACAUGCCCUCACAUGCCAUCAUCACAUGCCAUCAUCACAUGCCCUCACAUGCCAUCACCACAUGCCCUCACAUGCCAUCACCACAUGCCCUCACAUGCCAUCAUCACAUGCCCUCACAUGCCAUCAUCACAUGCCCUCACAUGCCAUCAUCACAUGCCCUCACAUGCCAUCAUCACAUGCCCUCACAUGCCAUCAUCACAUGCCCUCACCUCACAUGCCAUCAUCACAUGCCCUCACUGCCUCUACCUCCAAGGGUCCAUCUCUGACCUCACCGCUUGCCGUCAGCAUUCUGCUCUCAUCCCUUCCGCCUCCUGCUUUAUCCCUCCACUCGAAACCCCAAUUCCUUGCUCCAUUCAUGCGACCCCAAGACACGUGUUCAGGAGUAGCAGGAAUAAUCAGGCCUUCUGUCUUGAGACGUUUCUUAAAACGCUUCAUUGUGCCACUGAAAGCGGACAUAUCCGCCACCCCAUUGCUCUCUGGUUCUCUACCAUCCUCCAUCCUCUCGCUCUCUGCUCUUGCACACCUAGACAUAUCUAGUUCUUCAGUAUCAGGCGACCUACCAUCUGCUCUCGGCCGUCUCUCUUGCCUCACAUACCUCAACAUCGGUGCAAUAAACAUCACUGGUCGCGUGGAGGACUUUUCGUGGAUCUCAAGUCUCACCAACCUGCGCUCUCUCGAGAUGUCGGUGAUGUACAAUGUGGUUGGAGAUCUGUCGUCCCUCACCUUCCUUACUGCCCUCAAAGCCCUUCAAAGCCUGUAA